AUGAGUUUGAGUGCCCUGCACUUUAAACUGGUUUUGCUGGUCUGCACGGCGGCGGCGGCGGCGGCCCAAACGAAACGUGGUUGCGAAGACACUUGUGGGAACGUGAGCAUCCCCUAUCCCUUUGGCACCAGCAAGAACUGCUACAUGAAUGAAAGGUUUUUCGUGAACUGCACAACCACCACGACAUCAUCUGGACAAGCCACAACAAGUUUGAUUUACGGUACUAACUUACCAGUUCUGGACAUCUCCAUUGAUCCUCCUGAAUUGACCUUCUCGGAUAAUGUUUCCAAGCACUGCUAUAAUUCAAAGCAUGGGUUUCCGUGGCACUCAAUUUGGUUCAGGAACUUUGCAAUAUCAAACACGAAGAACAGAUUCACGGUGGUGGGCUGUGACACCUACGCUCACUUCCGGGACCUGAACAGCAGCUUUAUGACAGGCUGCUCGUUGAGUUGCACGAGCUGGACGAGGUUCGAGGAGGGGGCAUGCUCUGGUGUGGGAUGCUGCCAGACCAAUUUCCCCGAAGCCAUCAUGAACUAUAAGAUCACCUUGAAGAGUUUUGACAACUACACGGACGUGCGUAACUUCAACCCUUGCGGCUAUGCCUUUGUUGCCAAGGAAGGAUCCUUCAACUUCUCACAUCGAGACCUGCGAGAUCUCGGCAACAGAACACAGUUUCCCGUUGUUGUGGAUUGGGCUGUUGCCAAUCAGACAUGCCAUGAAGCCCAGAAAGAUCCGAGCAGCUAUGCCUGCAAGCAAAACAGUAUAUGCAAUGGCUCAGAAAGUGGUAUAGGGUACCACUGCGUUUGCAAAGAAGGUUUCACAGGCAACCCCUACCUUUUUGGCUGCAAAGGUAUAUACGCCUCAGCUUUCCGAACAAAGCUUCUGUUUUUAACUUUCAAACCAUGUUUAUUUGUCUAUAUGCGUGCGCUACAUUCAGCUUUGUUGGCUCUUCUCACUCCUAUUUGCUUUUAA